UACAGCGAAUGGAAGAAAAUUUGCGCUGAAGUUUCGAAUUCGAUACAGAACUUAGUUUUGGCGUGUGUUUGGGAGUCUGUUGAAAUAUGUUGUUUAAAAUGAGACCAUUUCAAAUAUAUGGUAAAUUAUCUGCUCCCAAACUUAAUCAUUUGUUUAAAGUAGGAACCUACAAUUGCGUUAGAAAUUUAGUUAAUGUAAUUCAAGAUGAAAAGAAUGGCACUGCACGAGUAAUGCUACAGAAGCCUCCUGUCAAUUCUUUAAGUUUGGAAAUGCUUAAUGAACUAACAUCAACUAUAAAAGAUUUGGAAGAAAAAAAGCUUAGAGGAAUAAUUAUAUCAUCAGAUUCCUCCAGAGUGUUUUGUGCUGGACUGGAUAUUACAGAAUUAUACAAACCUUCUGAAGAAAGGCUUAGAAUCUUCUGGAAAGCUUUCCAAACGUUUUGGAAAACACUGUACUCGACACCUCUUGUAACUGUUGCUGCUGUUAAUGGUCAUGCUCCAGCUGGAGGUUGUGUUAUGGUUUUGAGCUGUGAUCAUAGCAUUAUGGUGAACUCUGAUGUUCGAAUUGGGUUGAAUGAAAGUUUAUUGGGUUUUGCUGCUCCUAAAUGGGUCCGCUUACUUCUUGUAAAUGCUUGUAAAAAUCGUGCAGCUGAACAUGCUCUCAAGAUAAGUAAACUAUUUACUCCAAAAGAAGCUUUGGAUUUUGGUAUUGUGGAUGAGCUUGUUGAUUCCUCUUCAGAUCUUCUUCCUAAAGCUGAAGAAGCUUUGAACCAGCUUUUAAAAGUUCCAGCUUUAGCUUUUCAGAAAGAAAAAUUAAGUUUUCGCAAGCCAUUUGUUGAUGACCUGAUAUCCUAUGAAGACCAAGACACUGAUGAUGUAGUUAAAGUUUUUCUUCAAGAUGAAACUCAAAAUAUUAUAGGAAAAUAUUUAGAAAAUUUAAAAACAAAGAAGAAGUAAAACUUUCAUGAUUAGCAACUACUUUGAUUUGGCAUUGUUAAAUAAUCGUGAUGUUUAUUUUUAUAUGUUUUGUUAUGAAUUUAGUUUUCAAAAUUUUCUAUUUUUAUCAUGUUUUAUUUUUGUAAAUAUAGAUUUAUUUAGAAUUUUCAUACUUGAUUCUCUGUUGAAAAUUUAAUGAAUACUCUUAUAUUAUUGUAAUAUAACUUUGCUUCCCCAGCUAAAUUCCAAAAACCUUUAGAACAAAUUGUAGACUAAAUGAAUUUGACAUUUAUUUGUAUUUUUCAAAAUUUGAACUAUAUUCAGUAUUUUGCAGUUAAGGAAUUUGUUUAAAAUUCUCUGAACAUUGUUUAACUCAUUCUCUUCUGAUAUUUUUGCUAUUAAUGUAAUAUAAAGUAUUAUUAUUUAAUCUAAAAUAUUAUUUUCUUAAAUCUUCUUUGCCAGGUAAUUUACUGCUUUAAGCAAAAAUAUCUUUAAUAAUUCCUUUAAAAAAUAUUUGUAUUCAAUUUAAACUAUUUAUACACACACAUGCGUGCACGCACGCACACACACACACACACACACACACACACAUAUAUAUAUAUAUAUUAAAUUGGGAACAAUUUAGUAAACAAAAUGCAGUUUUUUUUUGUCAUUUUGAAGAUAAUUUUAUUUUUGUACCUUUAAUAUCAGAGAAUACAGGAAGCAAAAUAUUGCCUUUGCAUUACAUUUAGAAUAUUGCAAGUAUUACUGUUUUCAUCUUAUAAGGAAUAUAACUUUAAAGGAAUUAUAAUUGCUGAAAUAUCUUUAAAAAAAAUCCUAAAUUUGAAAUGUUUUAAAAUUUAACUAUCAUAAUUUAAGAAUUUCACUAUUCAAAUGAAAUUCUUAGUUAUUAAAACCAAAUCAGUUUUUUUAGAACCAAAUAAUUAUGAGUUGUUAUAUAUUUGCUCUGCUAUGUAUAUGUUUUAUAUGGUACGACAAAUACUAUGUAUAUUUCAUCAGUAUUAUAUGUAGAUUACUUUUAAAUCCUUUUAUGCUUUAUUAAAUAAAGUUUGAUUAGAAAUAUUGUUAAUAUUUUAUAAUAUUAAGUAAUUCCUUCAAAAAAUUAUGUGAGGACUCAAUUUCCAAAAUUAUUGAACAAUACAAGGAAAGUAAGUUUUAUGAAAAAAAAUUGCUUUAUUUUUAUUCUAUAUCAGUGCAUCUAUUUUUUUGUCAAUUGAUUACAAAUUAUAUGGGGUCUCAUUAAGUAUAUAAAAUUAUUUCAUUUAGUUUUUUAUCAACUAGUCACAUAAAAUAUUGGAAGGUUAUCCUGUUUUGUUUUAUAGUUAUCAAUCCUGAAGUGUGUGCUUAUUCUUUCUUUAUUUUUGCCAAUUUUUUGUUAUAUGUUCGUUGUUAAAUGAUGAAAUUAUACUUCUUGAAAGUUGAUAAUUACAAAUUUUAUUUUUAAGCUAAAUUAUAACUAUUUUCUAUAAUGUUUAGUCAUGACUUCUUGUGAUUUAUACUUUUAACAAUUAAUGUACAGUG